UCGUCUGCCUUGCAUUUCUGGGUUUUUAUGACGUACAAGAGGAGCGAAGAGGAGAUGCAUCAUUUUGAAGGCGCUCUAAUGACGGUUCUCAGUUCCGCCAUGUUCUGCUCGAGAGCUGCGAGGGUGGCUGGCAGGGAGCGCCCACUGUCCUCCUUCAGACUGUCGUAGGCGAGAACAAACUGGACCGCCUGCUCAGCUACUGCCGUUACUUCAUCUCCCACACAAUCACCACUCGCUUCUCCCGGCAGAGAGAAGGCUGGGUCCGUGUGUAGCGCAGACGCCAGAUCUUCUUCAAUGUCUUCCGCAGUAGGUGGAGUUGGAAGCGCCAUUUUUUUGGCUGGCCACGAUGAUGAAGAACGAUGGCUGGCGGUAUACCUGGCUAGGCUGCGCUGGCUCGCGCAAGACCACACCUCUUUUUUUAGGUCAAAGGUUACGCGAUCGUAGCGGGAAGUUGGCGGCAUGUCUUCGCCAUCCGGACAAACGAGAGAAGAAAUCAACAGAAAAGCCGGCGUGAUAUUAGAGCGCGCUCGGCAACUAGCGGUGUCGCGAGGCGAUGACGAAGCCAGGGGUGACGUGGUUACUGAACUGCGCAGAGAGUGCCAGGCCCUCAGGUCCGAGUUGAAGCAGCUGAAAGUACAGUAUUCCAAACUUCAAGCUCCGCCCGUGGUUGGAUCACGUGACGAGGAUGCUCCGUCCACGGCUAAUCUUCUGUUGGAGGAGGCCAGACUCCAGGCAGAGUUGGCUGUUUUGCUGCAGAGGCGGAAAAGAACUGAAGGAGUGACCACAUGUGAUGCUGAGCUGCAGACUAUGGCAUACCAGCAGGUGUGUGAGAGUGUGUUGCAGCAGGAUCAGCUGCUGACGGCUCGUAGGAGUGAGAGAGACAGAGUCGAAGCCGAGCUAAAGAGGGAGGAGACUCUGUUGAAGGAGUCUCAGGAACUGGAAACAGCUCUGGAGAGAAAGUUGGCCGAAACUCGUGGACGUUCUGGACAGGGAACACACAGACAGGUCGGUUUCUGCAUGGAUGAGAUAAUACAACCUUCGGAUGACGUUGAUGGAAGAGGAGGAGGAGAGAGAGGGAGAGGCAAGAGGCAAAGGAAGGGAGGACAGCAGAGGUUGGAUAACAUGCUGUCGAGGGCCGGUAAUAGUCGAGACAGUGAUGACACUUUCCCCUCUCUUCCUGAUGUGGUGCAGGAGCUGAUUUCGAAAACGCUCACCUCGCCCCAUUCUCCGUACCUCUCUCUCUCCUCCAUUUGGCCCCCUCACGGGAACCUCCUGCUGAGGUCAGGGGUCAUCCAGCGUCACCCGGACAACCCCAGCCUUGUUAGGGUCGCUCCAUUCCAUUUAUAGCCCACUCUCAUUCUGUUCCAUUUACAGCCCACCCUCGCUACCAAAAUUUAGUUCUGUCAUGACAAUUAUUGCUCUGUUCUACUAAAUUUGUGAUACGGUCAUAAUGAUUAAACACAGUCUAUAAUCUGGUGUCAUGUGAAAAAGUAAAGCAUCUCCUCUUCCUCCUUCUCUUUCUCUGCUUUGCUUGUCGUCUGCUUUUUCUUCAUCACCGGGGGCUCUGAUCUGUACAUCACCUUACGACCCCUCUACACAUCAGGCCCCCCAGUAGCUCUCUCCUGCAUCCGCCGCAGCUUCAGCUCCUGGUAUAGUCUCUGCUCCGCCAUCUUCUCAGCACGCAGCCUCAUCCUCCUCUCCUUGUCCUUCAACUUUUCUGCAGCCUCGACUUUGUCAGCUGGCAGUGUCUCAAUUGUCUCAAACAAUUGCUCCAGACAUCCCUCUAUAGCAGUCAGCAUGUUCAGAGACGAUAUGUUGGCUUCGUUGGGGCCAAUGCACUUGGCAUACACGCUGGCCACUUUCUUGUUCAUCUCGGCCAACAUCUGUUCCUGAUCGUCGGCUCUAUACUCUCCGUAUGAGAGCAGUUUUGAGUUCAUCUCCAGGUCAGAGCCCUUCUCCUCCUCCAGCUCUAUCGCCCUCAUCAGGAGAUCCACUUGUCUCUUAAGGUUAUGGAUCUGUGUGUUUCUGCAUGUCCAAUAUAUAUAGUACAUCAAGGGGUCCGAAUUCAUUUUAGGUAACUGAGAAGUUGUAAGGAAGGUAUCACAUUUUAGCGUGAAAACCAUGUGUUGGAAUGCAUAGCUUCAUUUAUCAAGCCACAAAAAAAAACGAUUUUCACCUUACAAACAAAGCACGUUGUCAAUAUAUUAGUACUCUGUGAAAUAUGGUAAUAGGACCCCCCGCAG